UCGAAACUACAUUACCCAUAAAGCCCCGCGCCUGGAUUAGUCGGAAUGUGCUGGGGGGGAAAGCGUGAUAUUGUUUCAAUGAUCGAGAAUCAAUAACAUUCAAACAAUCUACAUAAAACAUCUGUAAAAUUGAAUCAAUUUUCUAAGUUUAUUUAUAAACGUGUGUGGAUUUCUGGAAGAUGGGGCAGCUCUACACAGCAGGAGACUGAUGAGGAGGGAAUGAGCAGGACACGAGGAAACAACUCGCAUCUAAUGGAAAAGAUUAGUCUCACCUCUCUGACAUACAGCAGUCAUGGAAACCAAGGAAAAUGGAUCAGUGGACACCAAAAGUUCUGUGGAGAACGGGCAGCUUUCUGAUCCAGCCCACUGGGCCGUAGCAGAUGUGGUCAAUUAUUUUAAAGCCACAGGGUUUGAGGAGCAAGCCAACGCUUUCAAGGAUCAGGAAAUCGAUGGCAAAUCCCUUUUAUUAAUGACUCGAAAUGACGUUCUGACCGGACUGUCAAUAAAACUGGGUCCUGCACUGAAGAUCUAUGAGUAUCACGUCAAGCCUCUCCAAACCCAGCACUUAAAAAGUAACGUCUCAUAGCUGCUGCAGUCACAUGGAUGCAUGGAAGACAAUCACAGCAGGGUAGCUGCAGGCAGAACUAAUACAUUUUAUCCAUCUUAAUAAAUAAACAUGGUGAAUUUA